AAGGCAAGGCGUCCGCGGCCGAGGAUUGGCGGGAAGUGCCGAAGGUAAGGAGACCGCGGCGGGUGAGAGGAGUUGGAGGAACUUCUUCGUGUCUAGGUCCGGAGCUUGGGAGCCGCCGGCGAUGGGAGCCUGCCUGGGCAUCUGCUCUCUGGCCAGCUGCGCUUCUUGUCUGUGCGGGAGUGCACCCUGUCUGCUUUCAGGAUGCUGUCCUUCUACCAAGAACUCUGUGGUGACUCGCCUCAUCUAUGCCUUCUUCUUGCUCCUUGGAACAAUUGUCUCUGUUAUUAUGAUAGUACCUGGGAUGGAGACCCAACUGAGAAAGAUUCCUGGAUUUUGUGAAGGAAGUUCAAGCAUUCCCUUCAUUCAGGGUCGCGUUAACUGUAAUAUCAUCGUGGGUUAUAAGUCAGUUUAUCGCAUGUGCUUUAGUCUGGCUGCUUUCUUCUUCCUGUUUGCCUUAAUAAUGAUCCAAGUGAAAAGCAGUAAAGACCCAAGAGGUGCUCUACAGAAUGGGUUCUGGUUCUUCAAAUUCCUGGCCUUGGUGGGGAUCACUGUUGGUGCUUUCUUCAUUCCUGAUGGGACAUUUACAACAGUGUGGUUCUACUUUGGUGUGGUUGGAGCUUUCUGCUUUAUUCUCAUCCAGCUGAUUCUUCUCAUCGAUUUUGCUCAUUCCUGGAGCCAGUCCUGGGUUCAGAACAUGGAAGACGGAAACUCCAGAUGCUGGUUUGCUGCUUUAUUGAUCUGUACGGCCUUCAACUACCUUGUCUCACUGGCUGCAGUAGUGGUGUUUUAUCUUUUUUACACUAAGCCUGAUGACUGUACAAUAAAUAAAGCCUUCAUAAGUCUGAAUCUCAUCUUCUGCACCAUUGUCUCUGUUGUGUCCAUCUUACCAAAGGUUCAGGAAGCUCAACCUCAUUCAGGCUUGCUACAAGCUUCUGUCAUUACUCUUUAUACAAUGUAUGUGACCUGGUCAGCCAUGACCAAUGAACCAGAUAAAAAUUGUAACCCCAGCUUGCUGAGUAUUGUCCAUCAAACAACUAGCAAUUCAACUGUUGCACCACCCUCCAAUCAAGUGGUCCAGUGGUGGGAUGCCCAGAGCAUUGUUGGAUUGGUCAUCUUUCUCAUUUGUGUGCUUUAUUCAAGUAUCCGGUCUUCCAGCAAUGCUCAAGUUAACAAGCUGAUGAUGACUGAAGAAGGUGAAGGGGUGCUAAAUGACUUCUCUUCUCCCCAUGAAGAUGGUGUGCAUCGAGUAGUGGAUAAUGAGCAGGAUGCAGUCACUUACAGCUACUCCUUCUUCCACUUCUGCCUUUUCCUGGCAUCUCUGUACAUUAUGAUGACACUUACUAAUUGGUACAGUCCCAACUCUGAUUACUCGACCCUGCAGAGUACCUGGCCAGCUGUUUGGGUGAAGAUCUCCUCAAGCUGGGUUGGACUCCUGUUGUAUCUGUGGACAUUGGUUGCUCCUCUCAUACUGUCCGAUCGUGACUUCACUUAAACAAAAAGUACCGGUCGGAGAUACUUGCCUUUUUGUUGAUUUUAUAUUUUCGGCUGAAUUCACUCAAUAUCUUGACUGUAGGUAAACCUCAAGAUAACUUUAUUAUCAUAAAAUUGAACUUUUAAACAAUGCUUGCAGAAAUAAAUUCCGUGCUGGAUUGAGCUGGUAAUUUUUUCCGGCAUUUUCAAUCUAACUUUCUGUUACUUUUUUUUCUUUCAAAUCUCUGUAAUGGUACUUAUGUACAUUUUAUGGAUAAUUCACUUUUUUCCUCUCUUUAUAAUCAUAGUAAUGUUUGAAGCUGACUUUUUAGACAGACAUGGUAAUGUAUUUAAACGUCUUGCACUUCUUGCCAAUCACUCCUUUGUAUGUUGUUGAUUCCUCUGCCCAUAUUUAUCGUGGUCACCGCCCGUGGAAUACGGUCAUGUUGUAAUUGCACCCAUUUGCCAGUGGAGAUGCUGCCACCAACAGAAAGAUGCAUUUACAACAUGUAGAUUUGUACAUGUGCGUACAGCACUUAGAAUAGAAUUAUAAAGGUAAAGUAGAUUGCAGGGUGUUUUAAGGGAGUUCAAAUUAUGUUUGUGUGCUCCAGCAGUAAUUCCUGCUUCAUCUUGACCCCACACCUGAUCUUUGCUCCCAGGGACAAUACCAUAGGAAGGUGAUCUGCCGUUAAAAGUAAAACCUUGUCACUUUGCUUGCUCCCAAAUGGCAGAAAUAAUUUUAUCUACAAAAUAUAAUCAAACAUCUUCAUGUUAUUAAUUAAAAAUAGCAGCUUAUUGAUAUUUCUUCAGUAUUUAUUUGACAAAUUUCCAUGAAGUAUGAGAUUUUUAGGAAUGUGACCUCAGAUGAAGGAAAUGUUACUUUCUGGCGUGCUGUGUAGAGAUUGGACCAAGAAUUUCUUGUUUAUGGAAAAGCAUAAGAAUAAUGGAAUGAAAUGGUAUGCAGGAAGCUAAUGUGUUUACUGUGUGGUUUACACAAAACAAAUUGCAGGAAAUAACAUAGGAUAGGAAGUUUUUUUUUAAAGGAUUUGUUUUAGUAAUUAAUAGGAAAUGCUUGAAAUUGUGCAUUAUGUUCAUGCAGUAUAGAAUACAAAUAGGAAUUAAAAGCCAAUCCUCACUGACAAUAGUUUAACUAAGAGCAAAAAUGGCUUUGAUCUGUGACAGUUCCAAUGUUGUUUUUAUUUUGUUAGAGCAGAGGGGAGCACCAAGAAUAUAAGAUUCAGUUAGUCUGGCUACUGGCACGACACAUUUAUAAAUAAAUGAACAGUGGGAUGAUGAUGCUUGGGUGUUUUGUGUUGCUGAGUUAAUCCCUUCCACAUUGGUCUCCUUGAACAAGAAUAUUCGUUUUUUUCGUGAUAAUUCUAAUGUUGGAAUGGAUAUGUUUUCUACAUCGUGUUUAGCUUCUUUUCAUAAUGGGUAUCUUGGAAGUUGGGAACCUUUAGUAUUGUUGCGUGUGUGGCUGUAACCACAUGUUCCUGAUUUCAUGCGUUUAAUUUUGAAACCUCCUCUGCACAGGAAAUAAUUUGCAAAAGUGGAAAAUCUUUUUUUUAAGCAUUGUAAGGGGAAAAUAUCAGAAGCAGUGACAAUGUCUAUAUUGGGCUAAUUAUUAUGUAGUGAGCUAAUAAAAUUCAAUGAAUUUAUGCCACAUGUUUUAGACCAGUAGGGUGUAUGGCAUCUGCCGAAACUUGUAUCAAAAUCUUAAAAAUGCUACAUUAAAUAUUUAUAUCCCUUCUUGUGGGAAGUACCUGAAUGAUUUUUUAUAUAAUGUAGAAUGUUUUUGACAUUUUCUAUCAGACAUUGUAUCCUUGUAGUUAUCAUAUGAUUUAUCUAUAUGUAAUGAAAAGGGAAUUUUUAAAAUCAGUUGUAAAAUCAUCUUUAUAUGACACCAUUUAUGUUUGGUUUUCAAUGCUUAAAAAAUGUUCCUCACUAAUGUGCCUAUUUCAAAAGAUGCCGUGCUUGGCGUAUUCCAUUUGUUGAAGACGAUGAAUCGUUUUGAAACCCUGGAAAACACUAAUUGCAAUUGCAAAAGGCCAUUUUUACACACGUUGUACUUUUAAGAAAGCAUUUUGCCUUGUACUUUUAAGAAAGCAUUUUGCUACAGCCUAUGACUGCCGACUUUUGAAGGAAGUUCCUCAAACAGUCAAAUGGAAUGUUUUUUGCGAUUUUCUUUGAUAAUUGAUAUUUACUUUUAGUUGCUAGUCUCAUCAGUCACUCAUUUUAGAGAUGAUUUUAAUGUGUGUAUUAUCAUAAAUAUAACACGGACUUUACCAAUAAAGAUUUUAUUUCUUUUCA